UCCAUGGCCGCUUUAGGGUUUUGCUCAAGCCAUAGGGUUCCGGAUUAGGUUUUGCUGUAGGCGGCUAGGUUUUCAAUUCCAGCUCCACCUGGAUUCUAUGACCUGUUUAGAUACAUAUAUAUAGUUUUAUCAUUUGUUUUGGCUUUCAGAUACCGAUAAUCUCUGUAUAUAUAUAGGAAGCUCUGAACUUUCAUGCUUCUCCAAAAUUCAAUUCCAAUUCGAAUUUUGUUUCCAAUUCUUAUUAUAUAAUAUUGGGUUUUGGGCAAAUUUUUCGUUCUAGGUGUUUCACCAUUCUUCUGGAAGCAACAGGCUUCCUAGUUCUCCAUUGCCGACAUAGACUUUCAAUUGGUUAGAACAUCAUCAAGUCUCAGUUGGAUUUCUCUGGAAUCUGGAUCAAGCACAUAUAUUCAGACUGAAAUCUUUAUAAAAGUUUUUCCUCAGAGAAACUAUGAGUUAUUCUGAUCCUCCACCACCCUCUAUGCCUUUUCCUUUUCCUGGUGGUGAUUUUGGUGGUUCCGGGUCUCAAAUUCCAGUGAAUGACGAAGACUUGGGCUCAGAUUCACAGUUUGAUUACUUACCUCUAUUCAAAAGACCAAAAGUUUCUGGAAGCAACCAACUGAAUUCUGCACCUUUUCCACCCAUGAAUCCCAUGAUGAACAUGCCAAACUCCUGGCCUCAAAUUCCGUUGUCCAACGAAGACAUGGACUCAAAUCCACAGCUUGAUUAUGCACAUCCGUUCAAAAGACCUAAAGUUUCUGGAAACAACCAACCGAAUGCUGCACCUUUUGCACCUGUGAAUCCAAGGAUGAACAUGCCAAAUCCUCAUGGGAAUCGUGGAACAGGCCAUAUCUUUUACAAGACUCGCAUGUGUUUGAAAUUUUUGGAGGGUAGUUGUCGAAACGGGGAGCAUUGUACUUUUGCUCAUGGGCCUGAAGAUUUGCGAGAGCCUCCACCCAAUUGGCAAGAAAUUGUUGCUGCACGGGAAAAGGAUAAGGGGGCAGGGAACUGGAAUGAUGAUCAGAGAAUAAUACAUAGGAUGAAAAUUUGUAAGAAGUUUUACAACGGAGGGGAGUGCCCCUAUGGGGAGAAGUGCAAUUUUCUUCAUGAAGAUCCAUCAAAGUUUAAGAAUGAGAUGAUGAGGUCUGAGAUGAUGAGGUCUGAGAUGGAGAGGCCUAGAGAAAGUUCUGCAAUAAGCAUUGGAACAACAGGACCUAUGUUGGGGCAUAGAAGUGGGUCUGAUCAACCUGAAGUUAAUAAGCAUGUUAAUUCCAGUUCUGAUGCUUUCCGAGUUAACAUGAGGCCUUCAUACUGGAAGACGAAGCUAUGUAGUAAGUUUGAGAUCACAGGUCUCUGUCCCUUCGGUGAGAGAUGCCACUUUGCUCAUGGGCUGUCAGAGUUGCAGGCGUCUGGUGGCCAGAUUGAAGCUGAGGCAGUGAAUAUCUCAAAAACCCCAACAAAACUUGUUUCUGUUCCGGGUAAUGAUGUUCCUACUAGCAAAGUAGUUGUUACUGCUCCAGCAAAGGAGACUGGUGGUGAUGGUAAGAAGGGCCUUUCACACUGGAAAUCAACCAAGAAGAUCAACCGCAUUUAUGCUGACUGGAUCGAUGAUCUAACGCCACCUCGGAUUUCGCCAAGAACAGUGAAGAAUUGAGGCUUGUCAUCUUCUUCUUCGGGGAAUUGGACCCUGAAGUUUUUAUCCCCAUAUUUCAUCUGAUUAGAUUAAGGAACGUUGGACAAUCUGAAGCACCUUCAUUCAUCUUGGAAGAGAACCAAAAGAACAGCGGGAUCCAUUGCCAUUUUUGCCCGGUGUGUUUGUAACCAUUGUUGCAUCAAUGAUGUUAACCUGAUCUAUAGAUUUUCAUCUUGCAUCUCUUUUUCUAUGAAUUGAAUUUGUAAUUAUUUAGUCUAUGAUUUAAAUAAUGAAAUUUUGUGGUUUUCUGGA